AUGGAAACCGACCAAUGUCAGCUCAAGUUGCGGCGACCUGUUCUGGCUGUACAUUUGUCUCAGCUUAUCACAUUGGUCACCUGGUUGACGGCCUAUCCAGGUCAGUCAGCUUGUACCAUGCACCAGCAGUGUUGGUGGCACCAUGUACGCACUUCAUUCUCAUCAUCAUCUUCAUUUUCUUCAUACUCUUCUUCUUCUUUCUGCAUGAUGAAUUUCAUUUGCCCAGACUUGUACACCUUGCCCCCCCUCCCCCAACUGACCGCUAGACCACUGGCUGUCUUCCGGAAACUAUAUAAUCCCAGCGCCACCGACCCGAGAGCCAGUCCUUAA